CUCACUCUUUUCCUUUUUCUAUCCAGUGACUUGUGUGCAGAGGCGUGACAUUGUGAAAAAAUGAAGAUUGUGAUUCUUGCUCUGUUUGUAUUUUUGGCUGUAAGCCAGAGUGAAGCCUUGAAGUGUUACUGUGGAGGCCUGCGCCGCUGUCCAGACCGUGUGGAGACCUGCCCACCUUCAAGCGAUGUCUGUGCCGGUGUCAUCUUUACUGCUGGAUCCACUCCCAGCUACUUCAAGGGUUGCAUGAAAGCAAGAGACUGUGCACUGCUGAAUCAACCAGGUGUAUCAACUGCCUCUUGCUGCAGGGGUGAUCUGUGCAACAGAUAAAUGUCAUCAUGACUACCAACACACCCUCUGAUGAAUGAAUAUUCUUCUGUCAUGUAAUGUACUAAUAAAGAGCAAUAUGUUUCAAA